AUGCAUGCGUAUGUCCUGUUCGCCCUGCUGGCCGGGUAUGCGGCCGCAGGGGGGGUGGUAGGGUGGAGGAUGCUAAGGAGAUACUGCCAUAAAGACGAGAGAAACAACAUUGUAAAUACAAUUGUGAAGCUUGUCAUCAUAAUGGGGUAUAUACAAUGCAUGGGGAUGAUAAUCCUCGUGCCAGCAGUGGCCCAAGUGGACUCCUUUCCCAAAGUGAAGGAGCAUUUUAACCCUAAGCAGCUAUGCAAAAUAAUGUUCGCCAUUUUUGGGAUCUACGUAUUCAUCAUAACGCCAUGUUUAGCAGUGAUAUACUCGCAGGAAGGGAAAAUGUCCAACAAAGAACAGUGUGCGAACCCAUUAACAAAACGAACAAACACUCACUGGGGGAGUUACUUCAGAAAGACGUAUACACAUGUGACAAGUGCCACCUGUAAAAAGGCAUUUCUCAAAUGUAUACUCUCCAUUUCGAUAUCAUGCUGCCUCUUCUUUUUAACCUACUUGUAUUUUCACAAAAUCAGCUUGUCCUUAAAUGCGGAUGGCUGCACACAGUGGUACCCCUACUUAGAGGAAACGAACAAAAAAAAUUUACUCUCCUUGAAUUUGCGGAAUAUUAAGAACUGCCAAAACGUGGGGGAGGAAAACAUCCGAAUUGUCUUUAACUUAAAUUUCAGUGACUAUGUGGUUAUGUGUGUCUCGUUGAUGGGUUCUAUCGUCUUCUCACUCUACGGGGGCGUCGGAUUGGUAUCCCUUCCGCUUGGUUUAUUCUUUUCCGCUGUGCGUCGAUAUCGUGGAGGGGAAGCCACUCCUGUCGUCGGAGUUAACAACGCGCAUGAACGGGGGGAAGACCUAUUCAAGGAUCAGCUCACCCGAAUCAAUAGAAAGGCAGAGGAGCUUCUACAGAUCACCCAAGAGGUGGAACUCAACAGAGAGGAAACACGGAAGACGAAUUUUUUCAAGUCCCUUUUGCAAAACAUGCAGCACAAACGAGAGAAGAGAAUUCUUAACUACAUGGUGCACAGGCUAGUAGUCGACUAUGAGAAAGCGGUGCACCGUUACAACAACCCGAUACAUGCGGCAUCUUCUUAUCGUCUCUUCCUUCUGUUUUUUUUUUUUUCACUCGCUAAUGCGACUAUAAUUGUCCACAUCUGCUUUCGCAUCCUGAGGGGGCCUACCGGACAGGGCAAGUUGCUGCGCGGAUGGCUGCUCCACUGGGACGCUGCACAGGAGCUCCUCGCCCGGAAGGACUCACUUUCCCUUUCGCUGCUGGUUUACCCCCUCGUGACGUCCUACCUUCUCGUUUGCGCCUUCUUUGGCUUUUCCUACAUCUGUCACAAGCUAAAGCUGGGACUUCUUUUUGCCCUGGAGAGGAAGAGCACCUACCUGGAUACCAUCCUGAUGAACACGUGUCUCCUCCUAUUUGUGUCGUCCGGGGCGGCCCUAAUCUUAUUGAGACUCUUCCCCGCGUAUGCAAAGCAGCCAUACGCAUUCGCCUUUUUCGAUUUGGCCCUGAAGAAUCUGAGCUUCAUCGGGAAUCUAUACGCAAGGAAUGGCCUUCUUUACCUAAUUCUAGUGGCCAAUGUGCUAACACUCCUCCUGUUUUUUGUGCCCGAGAAGAGCGCCUUCUUUUCGGUGUUUAUGCCAGCCACCUUUCGGAAGAUUCUAAACCAACGGGGGGAAGCCAACCCGGGUGUAGUCUCAGACAUCGAGUUGGAAGGACAGUUAGAGGUCAAUAUAAAAAGGAACACUACGUCGAAAAGUGCAGGCAAGGUCCCCACAAGGAAUUGA